GUGCAUGAUAUGGGGGUACAGAAUAAGGAAGGUAUUUGCCGCCGGAGGAGGAGGAGGAGGAGGAGGAUGGGUUCAUGUGUGUAUGAUGUGGUCGGAGAUGUGCUUCGGAGUGUUCUGGAUUCUCACUCAAUCUCUUCGUUGGACUAUUCUCCAUCACUCCCCCUUCAAACACAUCCUCUCCCGCAGAUAUGGUGAAGAGGAGCUACCAGGAGUUGACAUAUUUGUGUGCACGGCAGAUCCAAAGUUGGAGCCACCAAGCAUGGUGAUGAACACAUUGUUAUCAGCAAUGUCUUACAAUUAUCCUGCAAAUAAGCUCAGUGUUUAUCUCUCUGAUGAUGGAGGUUCUGAGCUCACUUUCUAUGCUCUUCUCAGAGCUUCUCUUUUCUCCAAGCAUUGGAUUCCUUUCUGCAGAAGAUUCAACAUUCAACCCAGAUCUCCUGAGGCUUACUUUUCCCAGAAUUCUGGGGCCAGCCAUCAAAAUCAUCCAAAAUUCUCAUCCAUCAAGAAAUUAUACGAAGAUAUGAAAAGUGAGAUAGACACAGUUGUAGAAAAAGGAAAGGUUCCGGAUGCAGUGAGGAGCCAACACAGAGGAUUCUCAGAAUGGAAUGCCAAAGCCACAAAGCAGAACCAUCAUCCCAUCGUGCAGAUUAUAAUUGACGGAAGGGACACAAAUGCUGUAGAUGAUGACGGAUUUCCAUUGCCAACCCUAGUAUACGUGGCACGGGAGAAGCGACCGAAUGUCCCUCACCACUUCAAAGCAGGAGCUAUGAAUGCACUCGUAACUAAUAAUUUAUACGAAGCAAUAAGAGUGUCAUCAGAGAUAAGCAAUGGAGCUAUAAUUCUCAACUUGGACUGCGACAUGUAUCCAAGUAGUGCAGAUACGAUCCAAGAAGCACUGUGUUUCUUCAUGGAUGAAACAAGAGGCCACCAGAUAGCUUAUGUGCAAUUUCCCCAAAGCUUCAACAAUCUCACUAAGAAUGACUUCCUCUCAAAUUCUUUUGCUGUGGCCGCUCAGAUUGAGCUUGCUGGCUUAUGUGGACAUGGAGGAACCCUAUACUGUGGAACUGGGUGUUUCCAUAGAAGAGAGAGUCUCUCAGGAACACAUUUCAAAGAUUAUCGCAAAGCAAAAUGGGACACCAAACCUAAGACAGAAGAUAAAAGAACAGCUGAUGAACUGAUUGAAGCAUCAAAAGCUCUUGCCAGUUGUGCAUAUGAGAAGGGCACACAGUGGGGCAGAGAGAUGGGAUUGAUAUAUGGGAUUCCUGCGGAAGACGUAGUCACAGGGCUUGUGAUCUCAAGCAGAGGUUGGAAAUCGAUUUACUAUAACCCAGAAAGAAAGGCUUUCAUGGGACUAGCUCCGACAACCCUUGACGUGCUUCUUGUUCAGCACAGGAGGUGGGGACAUGGCUUGUCUCAGGUCUUCUUCUCCAAGUACUGUCCUUUCAUUUAUGGGCACGGGAAGAUCAGCUUGGGUUUUCAAAUGGGAUACAGUACGUACCUGCUUUGGGCUCCACUCUCUCUUCCAACUCUUUGCUAUCUCAUUCUCCUUCCCAUUUCCACAUUUCAUGGCAUUCCUCUGUUCCCACAGCUUACAAGCCUGUGGAUCCUUCCAUUCUUGUAUGCAUUUCUGGCAAAUAAUGCGUACAGCUUCUUGGAGGCUCUGAGCAGCGGCUGCACAGCCAAGGCAUGGUGGAACCUGCAACGUAUGACUCUGUUUCGAAAGACCACGGCGUACCUGUUUGGCUUCAUGGACACCAUCUCCAACAACCUCAAUCUCUCCCAAAUGAAGUUCGAUGUCACGGACAAGGCUGUCUCCAAAGAGACCCUCGACUGCUACGAGCGAGAGGUCUUGUAUUUUGGAAGCUCCUCCGUCAUGUUCACCAUCAUGGCCACACUCGCUCUGCUCAAUCUCUUUGGUGCAGUUUGGGGCUUCAAGAGGCUUCUCGAGGGAUCAUGGAGCCAUUUGGGGUUGCAGAUUGUGCUGUGCGUUUUGAUUGUGGUUCUGAAUAAACCUGUUUAUGAGGCUCUUUUUAUACGCACUGAUAGAGGAAGCUUGCCAUCUGAGGUCUUGUUCAAGUCUGUUGCUUUGGCUUCCUUGGGAUGCUUUCUAGCUCCUUUGAUAUGUUGAGAUGUAUUGAAAAUGUUAGAUACUGUGAUGAAAUACCCGAUUAGUGUUGGAAGGAUGGGCAAUGAAUUAUAUGUUUGAUAAUUGAUAGCUAUAAUUCGUAC